CGAUUCUUUGUUGUUUUUUUUUUUUUUUUGGUCUUUCAAGAUCCAUGUGUCACCUUUUGUUUUUGGAGGUUCUUAAUUCUUAUCAUUUUCAUUUCACAGCCCUCCACCUUCUCUCCCUUUAGAACCCUCUUCUCCUCAUUCUAUUGAAGCCGCCAUUUUCUUUUGCUUGCAUUUUCCUUCUCUUUCUCUUCCUUCCUAAUAUUUUUCUUUAAGAGGGUUGUUUGUCUCUCUGUUGGAUUUCUUUCCUCUUUAGAGGCUUCCCUUUUUGCAUGUUUCUUCAUUCAUAAAAAGUGAUAGCAAACAGGAUGAAGAAUGGAACCUUGCAACAAAGCUUGGAGGAGAUUGUGGAGAAGUUGCUCCUCCCUUGAAUCUUCCAGCUAUCAUAAUCGCCGUAUUUUUUAGUGACUUUAAAAGGCUCUAAGCAACAAACAACAUGUAAUUACAACUACUUUCCAGCAGGCAAAAGUACAAUCUCUCCACAUUUAUCUAGAGGUUCCUUCAACAUUCAAUAUUCUUUGAACCGGUUGUUCUAUAUUGUGUUCCUAGUCCACCAUCAUGGCUGCCAAGAUCAAAGGGAUCUACAAAGGUUUCAAAUACAUUUCCCAAAUCUUUGUUGUGAAGGAGCGAGAGAUGGAAAUUGGGUACCCGACAGAUGUUAAACAUGUGGCACACAUUGGUUGGGAUGGCCCUUCUGGCACUGCACCCAGUUGGAUGAAUGAAUUCAAGACAGGCUCUGAUUUCACAGCAACAUCAAUUGGUAACUCUGGAGGUUCUAAUCCUACGCCUUUUUCAACAUGGUCCUCUCAAGGCAUGUUUUCUCUCAAUUUAUCUUAUUUUAGAGUAGUAGGUAAAGCUAAUUGUUUAUUUAUACUUCUAAAUUAUGUAUCCCUGAAGCAUCGUCUGACAUGGAGAAAGUCUUUUAGAUUAUAUUCUCCCAAGUGGAAGAGUUUGGCUGUUGUGUCACGGGACAAAACUUCCAUGUCAAGGAGAAUCUAUAGGCUACUAGACCUAACUAGAGAUCAUUUUGGUUGUCCCUUGAAGCUGAAAGCAUUUGAAUGUUGUGUUAAAAUCAUGAAUUUAUUGAGUGGGAUGCUUGGACCAUUAAUGAAUCCAACUUAUAUUAAAUCGAAUAAACUCUGUCUAGUUAAUCCAAAGAAGAAAACCAACCAGCAGGUUUGUCUUUUCAUGAUUUGGCCGAAUAAGAAUUGUUAUGGGGACUGUCUCUUUGUUGUUGAGCCCUUGAAUAAACUGUUGGUGAAAUAUUUGAGUGAGUUCUUUCACUAUUUUGUAACAGAUUUUGAACAAUCAAUGGGAUGCCAACCUGGACCUGCACCAGAGAUGAUAAGAAACCGGUCUUGCACGGAUCUGCCAAAUAUUCCUAAGAAACAAAAACGGAAAAAGAAGAGCACUUCCUCUCCCCAGUUUUCCUCCUCAAAAUCUUCACGACCAUCAAAGACAAAGGCUAUAUAUACUCAUUUGGGUUCAUCGCCAGACCUUGAAAUUUAGGGAUCGUCAUGCAAGAUUGUGGCCUUUGAUUUGAACUGAUCAACAAUCAAUAUGCACAGAAAAGAUUGCAGAUGUUCCUUUCAGUACUCAAGAUAUUCAUAAAGACAACAAAGAAGUGUAGGAAUUUGAGCAAAGCUUGUGUAAAUUGGAAUUCAUAUUUAAUUUACGAAGGAUAAAAUUAAAUUAGGUGUGGGUGAUAACAUGAAAAAAAAAUGAUCAACGUCCUAGGAUGACACUUAUCUACAGGCAUAAGAAAAUUUUUGGUUUACAACAAGGAAUACUCAUGCAGGGAGUUGUACUGUAGUUGCUGUAUUGGUGGAAAGUUUGGCUAAUUCAGAUCAUUGAGCUUGAACAAGUUUCUAAAGGAAUCUAAAUUUUUUCAUGUUAUGGAUGAAAUGACAGUCUAUUUAAGAUGCUGGUUUCCAACCCUUCCAAAUUCAUUUCACCUGCAAGAACGUUAUGCAGUUACUUUGACCCCCCAAAAAAAAUUUUCUUGCUGGUUCCAAAUUGUGAUCACUUUUAUCAGAUCAAAGUGAGAAGAUCUAAAGCAUGGUUCAUACAAAAAGAGGCUUCAGCUGACUUAUUCUACAUCAAUUCUGUUAUCAGCAUCCAAAAUCUCGAUUCAAGUUUUAAUCCAUACUCUUUCUCCCAAUCUCUCUGUUCUCUUCUCUUCCAUAUUCAGUGAUUCAUUGGUAGAAUCUAGUUUU